AUUUGCAGACCUGGUGUGCCAGGUAAGGGUGCAGUCAGCACCAGUCACGAUAUAUCAUAUCGGUAUAUUGUUUGGUGGCCCUCACCUUACAUCUCGCCUAAGGAGUGGUUGUAAACACUUGAGCACAGGGCAACAAAGAGUGAAGGUAUUCCAAGUACCAUCAGUCUAUGACGGUGCUCACUUGCCCCUGUUUUCGCUGAAUCCUCUCACCAAUCUACGCACGAACGCACGAACGAACACAUGAACGAGUAGAACAUCCUACCUGUCAAGAAUAGCAGAAAAACGAUGGCAUUAGGACUGGGUCGAAAGACCCGCCUUACCAUCACCAUCACCAUUUCGCUGUGCUUCUUCGUCGCCGAGAUCACAGUGGCCUUUAAAACCUCAUCGCUUGCUCUGCUUGCUGAUGCUUUUCACUAUCUCAACGACCUCGUCAGCUUCGUCGUUGCUCUGACAGCUCAGAUAAUCUCAGAGAGGGCAGAAGCCCGCCAAGAUCUCUCCUUUGGCUGGCAGAGGGCUCGUCUCCUAGGUGCCUUCUUCAAUGGCGUCUUUCUCCUCGCCCUCGGCAUCAGCAUUCUGUUGCAGUCCAUCCAGAGGUUUAUCAAGGUCGAAGUCAUAGAGGAUCCCAAGCUGGUCUUGAUCAUUGGCUGUGUCGGCCUCGGGCUGAAUGUCCUCAGUGCGGCCUUUGUACACGUCGAUAGCGCCAGCAAUGACAGUCUUCAUCGCCACAACGUCGCCCAGCUCAAGAGGCCUGGCCGCGACCUAGGCAUGCUCGGCGUCCUGGUGCACGUCGUUGGCGACGCCAUCAACAACAUCGGCGUGAUCGUGGCCGCCGUCAUCAUCUGGCAGACCAGCGACCCGCGGCGCUUCUACGCAGACCCAGCCGCGAGUACCUUCAUCGCUUUCAUGAUCUUCUUCGGGGCCAUCCCGCUCACCAGGAAUAGCGGGAAUAUCUUGCUGCAGAGCGCGCCGCGUGGCGUGGAGAUUGACGAUGUGAAGCACGAUCUUGAACAGAUCCCCGGCAUAGAAUCCGUCCACGAGCUGCACAUCUGGCGUCUAGACCAGCAGAAGGCCAUCGCCUCUGCCCACGUUGUUGUCUCGGACCCGUCCAUGGACAGCUUUCUAGAGAAGGCUCGGACGGUCAACGAGUGUCUGCACGCCUACGGUAUCCACUCGGCGACGUUACAGCCCGAGACUUUGACUACAAGGACGACAAGAACCACGGUGACAGUGUCUGAUAACGUCUCAGAAAACGACAGCGGCAGCGGGAGCACUGGCUCUUCUCUUAGGCGGAGGAGGCUGGACCCAGAGUCGUGCCAGAUCGUCUGCGGCAGUCUUUGUCAGGACCUGAUGUGCUGCACCAAGAUUGAGCCCUCCUGA